GAGUAUUCAGUUGCUAAGGUAACAAGUGAGUGUUGUGGUUGUGGGAGAGGAGGCUGCUGCAUGAGGCUGCUGAGAUACAGGGACAGUCCUUCAUCUGCCGGCAACAGCCCUCCGCAAUAUGGGGAAAAAUGAAAAGAAGAAAGGAAAGAAAGGGACCAAGAAAAAGAAGGGAAGUAAAACAUCUAAGGAAGAUAAAAUGACUUUUGCUGAAGCCCUGCUGGCCUAUCAGAUUCAGAUGAAGGAGACUAGGACUGAAGAGCUCCUGGCGGAGGUUAAACAAAUCGAAGAGAAGAAUACAAGGUAUAAAGAUCGGAAUGAGCGCUUAAAAGCUGAACAGACGGGCCACAUCAAGGAGCUUCUGGAACAGGCAAAAACCCAGGAACAGGAACUGGCCAAUAAAGAAAUCGUCAACAGAGAACAAGUGGAUGAGGCGAAAAAAGAGACAUGGGACUUUAUACACCAGAAGGAAAUUCUGUUUGAAGAGAUUGGCCGGGAGAUUAAUGUCCUGGAGAAGCAGAUCAUGGUAACAGAGGCUGAGAGGGAUUACUGGCUGGCGUAUAAGAAUGUGGGGAGCGAAGAACACAGUAAACACAUCCAUCGUCUAGAAGGGAAACUCGGCAUCAUGAAGCAGUGCUUCUCGGAAAUAGACGAUUAUUUCAGAAAAAGCCUGGAGAAGACGAAAGAUAAGAUAGACAGAGAGACAGGGAAGAAGAUGGAUGAAACGAGAGAAAUAGCCAAUCUGGACGCAGUAAAGCACAUUGACACGGAGAGCCGGAAAGAGAUGAAAGAGAACAAUUGGUUAAAGAAAGAGGUGGCGAGUUACAGGAAAGAUGUUCAGGAUCUGGAGGAACGAGUCUAUAAGAUCGAGCAAGAAAAUGUGGAAUUGAUAAGUCGCCUUUUUGAUUGCCGACUUCAUGAUCGAAAUAUAUCAAGGAGGGCGUUCCUCACUCAGGUGACUGGCCUGGAUUUCCCAGCAGAUGGAUCACUAGGAGAAGAUUUGGCCAGACAGUAUCCAAACACAUCCUCAGGUGAAGACCAAGGACAUAGGAGUGAGGCCGUCGCACUUGUGGAGACUGCAGACAGAGAAGAGACGGACGCAGGAAUACCUCUCCAUCUUACACACUUACUCACGGAGGAUGAAAAGGAUAUCAGAGAAUAUCUACAGCUGGGGCCGCUGGAGCGGAAAUUGUUAAGCGUUGAAGGACAAGCCAAGCCCAUACACAAGGAGCGCCAAGAAACAGAGAGUCUCGAAGAUCCAACCAAUCAGAGUAGGGCAAGGUGGUCUGUAACGCCGAGGAUGAUCAUAUCGGCCUUGCCACAGUGACGGCGUGUGGGGACAGCUUCUGCGCAAAGAGCUCCGUAACAUAAACGUACACUCGUCAUCCAGCAGACCAUUGCAGAAGCCGCUUUGCUGCUGGGAACCUCCAAGCUGGGACAAUGGCAGGGAGGCCUUUAUAUGUGCCCGCAGAUCCAUUACAUUUAUUAAACACAAUUAUAAGCAGCGACUGACACAUGGAAGAGUGUGGAACAACAGUUUCCUACCAUAGCUACAAUGAGACAGCUUCCAGGGAAAUGACAUAGGAAGAGACUGUAAUUUACUAACAUGGCUCAGGGAAAGUUGUACAUUUAGGAACAUAGGUCCUCAGGUGCAAUAACAUAGCAGGUUUUAAGGAGUUUCCUAUAUGUGAAUAAAUGAAAACUACUGAUUAAUUGAAAA